AUGACGGCAUUGACGUCGCUUCCGCCCGAGAUCCUUCAUCACAUCUUCCGCUGGCUCUGCCCGCGUGAUCUUCUCCUGCUACCCCGCGUUUGCCGCCUGUUCUACGGAAACGUUCGAGGAAACGUAAAGCUCCAUCGCGAUGUGUAUCUGCUCACCUACGAUGCACCGGCCGAUGCCCAGCCGGACUGGGAGACGGCCCUCGACGACCUGACCAAGCUCGAGGCGAUUUGCCACCGCGACACGGCGGCAGAAAAGGUAGUUCCGUGCCAUCGUUGCCUCUCGCUCGUCGACGCUUACUUGCCCUGCCCGCUCCGUCAGGUGGCCGAACUCGACUUCGUAUCGCGAACCGUCAACCGCCUGCUCCGGCACGCCUCCUCCCAGGGGCAAACGACGGACAACUCGUACACGCACUGCGAAUCCCGCAACGCGAGCUUCCUCGCCGAGCUCUUUGCCGAUCAAAGCACGUGCGAAGCCUUCCUCCAGCGCUCCUCUCUCUUCGAACGGGUCCGGAACGAGCACCACCUGCCCAAGCUGCGCGGGUCGACGCCCGCCUUCCACCACCAGCAGAGCGCCAAGCUUCACUGCCUCUACGGCAAACCCAUCCUCAACAUCGGCCGCCUCCGGUCGACGCGAACCUAUCCCUACGCCGUCUCCAAGGUUUACGACCUGCGACAGUACACGGACCGGACGAGGUGGGGUCCCUUCAUGGACGACGCCACCGAUCGCGUCGACUGGGAGAGGGUCGAGGCCAUCCUCAUCGUCCUGGGAUACAACAUCACCAUGAGGCGUCUGACGAAGCUCUUCGCCGACGUGUGGGACACUCCAUUCUCCGGCUCGUGGCCCAAGAGCUACAUGCCGGCGCCGAGAGCGCCUCUCCCGCCCCUCGAUGCCGAGGAUCCCUUUGGCGUCACGGGCACCUGGUAUCGCAUCGUCUGCUUCCUCGACUACAACGACUUCUUCCACUUCAACUUUCCCGUCAACGACGACGUGCUCGACGACACGCCGAGGCCGGCCUUCAACGUCGGCGAGGCGACGCGCCUCAUCAUCAUGAGGACGCACAUCACGGCCAUCGAGCCGCCGGGCCCCGAGGACGGGCAAGGGAUGCCGGUGGUGCGCUUCGUCGGCGCCUCCCGAUCCCUCGACGAUUCCUGGGACGACAAUGCCAGUUCCGACCUCCGAGAAUUCACAUCCAAAGGCACCGUGCGUCUGACCAAGGAAGGCGAGGUGAGGUGGACGACGGUUUCCAUCUUCCACGGCGAGGAACGGUGGAGAAGCGAGGGCGUCCAGAUCGGCGGCGUCCAAUCGGCGCGGGGUGUCGUCGGACACUGGUUCGACAAGGAUUACGAUCCGCAAGGUCCCGUCGGCCCGACGGCAUUCUGGAAGGCCGGCGACGCCGAGGGCACCACCGACACGAUACAGGGCCUGCUGUCGAGCGACUUCCUGCUGACGUACAGCGCCAUCGCGUCCAUGGACGAUUCCGACCCCGAGGCCGAGAUGGACUACGAAGACGACGAGCUCGACGACGAGCUCGACAUGGACGACGAGCUCGACAUGGAACCCAUCUCCAACGAGUUGCCGGGGCUGCUCAUGGAUGCCGAGCGCGAGGUGGCCGACAUGGUGCAGCAGGCAGACCAUUCGGACGGCUGGAGCUAA